AUGCGUUUCUCCACUCUCGCUUCUACUGCUUUAUCUCUAGCCUUAUUAUCUAAGAACGUCUUAGCUACCCCUCCAGCAUGUUUGUUGGCUUGUGUCGCCCAAGUCACUAAGGCUUCUUCCAGCUGUUCCACUUUAAGUGAUGUCGAAUGUCUCUGUGGUAUCGAAAACUCCUCUAUUGAAAGCUGUUUGAACUCUAUUUGUCCAAAUGGUAAUGCAGACAGUGCUUACUCUUCUUUUGAAAGCACAUGUUCAGAACAAGGAUACUCCUUAGGUAGUUCUUCCUCUUCUUCUUCUGCUGCUUCUUCUAUCGAGGCCUCUUCUUCUGUUGAAGCUACUUCUUCUGCUGAAGCUACUUCCUCUGUUCAAGCUACUUCCUCUGUUCAAGCUACUUCCUCUGUUCAAGCUACUUUCUCUGUUCAAGCUACUUCCUCUGUUCAAGCUACUUCCUCUGUUCAAGCUACUUCCUCUGUUCAAGUUACUUCCUCAUCUACCUCAUCAACUACCACCGCUGCUACUUCUACUACUUCAGCAGUUAUCUCCGCCUCUUCAUCUUCCACCGUUUCUGUCGACACUCAAACUGACAAUGCUGCCAGCUUCUUACAAUCUUCAUGGUUAUUAGCUGCUGCCGCUUUAUUCAUCUAA